ACCAUUUUCAGAGACGUGCUGUGAGUAUGGUGAUCUCACAGUUUUCAAAAGGUCCUGUAGAUGAUGGCCGAUUCACAGUUCUAGGCUUGGGAGAACAGUUCCUCGAUGCGGAGGGAAAGAUCGGGUGAAACAAGCACUAAGCGGGUAGCACUCCUAGGCAAGACAGCUUCGUUAACCUGGGGAUGUCGUCAAGCAACGCUCAAUGCACGUGAACUUGCGGGAGACACUAAUCGGAAAAGUAUAAGAACGCUUGGGAGGGACGGCUGGACAGCCUAGUCACAACAUCCUGCAACCUCCUCACUAAGGUCUCGUAGCAGGCCAAGUCACAGAUCAGGGACCCACCUUUCAAUGUCUUUGAGAACGUUGGAACGUUUUCGGCAUUUCAGCGUCUCAUUUCCUGAUGAGCGAAUUCUUCAAGUCACACUAAACCGGCCCGAGAAGCUGAACUGCAUCGACAAAGCUACCAGCCAGGAGAUCCAAAGGGUUUGGGAACUCUUCGACCAAGAUGAAAGUCUAUGGGUCGGUAUCAUCACAAGCAUUGGCCGAGCAUUUUGCACUGGUGCCGAUCUGCAGGAGUGGAACGACAUGAACAAGGCCGGUGUCGUCAACGACAUGUCCGCACCAGGUCUUGCUGGACUGCCUCGUCGAAGGGGCAAGAAGCCGAUCAUCGCAGCCGUGAACGGUAUAUGCAUGGGUGGAGGCUUCGAGAUGGUCGCCAACUGUGACAUGGUAAUCGCUUGCUCUUCGGCGGUAUUUUCCCUUCCUGAAGUCAAGCGAGGCAUUGUACCCGUGGCGGGGUGUCUACCACGACUGACACGCACCAUCGGACUGCAACGCACAACCGACCUCGUCUUGACUGGCAGGAAUGCGAGUGCCAAGGAGCUCCAAGACUGGGGGCUUGUCAGUCGAGUGGUGGAGUCUGCUGCAGAUGUCGUCCAUGUCGCGGUCCGAAUUGCUCAAGACAUGUGCAGAAACAGUCCUGAUGCGCUCAUCGUUGGACGUGAGGGCAUCCGCUUGAGUUGGGAAGCGAGUAGUGUGGAGGAAGCUGUGUCGACGCUGGCGGAUCGAUGGUAUCCCCGCCUGAUGCGUGGGUCCAACUUUGGUGAAGGUAUCCAGGCGUUUGUGGAGAAACGAGCGCCGAAGUGGCAGAAUUCGAAGCUGUGAGAGGCUUUACGGCAUCGAAGAAAAGAAAAAUCUAAUCUAAACUAAUCAGAUGGAUAUGUCUAGCGCGUCGUGCAAGUGAAACGAUGAAGCAACGGUGAGAAACGCCGGAGGGAUCGUCGACGUCGGUCGUUUCCA